AUGGCUGAGGAGGAAAGUAAGAGCUUCUCUGUUGAGCUGAGUGAGAAAGGAGGUAUAGAAAACAAAGGAUUUGUUCAAAAUGAGGCACUUAAUGAAAAGGAAUGCAAUGCCAGCAGCCAAGAGGAGAUACCAGAAACAUGCGCUGUUGGCAUCAACUCAGCAGCUGUGCAGAACCAGGACUGUGAAGUUUUGAAGCCCUUUGCAGGAAUGCCUAAGGAAGUCUUGCUUAAAUUCUCAAGUCAGGCACGGUACAGAGUCACCAGAGAGAUCCUCUUCUGGCUCAUAAUUGCAUCUACACCAGUGCUUGUAGGUGCUACAAUUGCAAUUGUUGCCGUGUCGCCAAAGUGCCUGGGCUGGUGGCAAGCUAGUCCCAUUUAUCAGAUCUACCCACGUUCAUUUAAGGACACCAACAAGGAUGGGAAUGGUGAUCUGAAAGGUAUCCAAGAAAAACUGGAUCAUAUCAUGUAUUUAAAUAUAAAAACGAUCUGGAUUACUUCUGUUUAUAAAUCACCCUUAAAAGACUUUGGGUAUGCAGUUGAAGACUUCCGGGAUGUUGAUCCUAUGUUUGGAACGAUGAGGGAUUUCGAAAACCUGAUUGCAGCUAUACAUGAUAAAGGUUUAAAGGUGAUAAUGGAUUUAAUACCAAACCACACAAGUGACAAACACAGUUGGUUUCAGCUGAGUCGCAAUCGGACUGGGAAGUUUGUGGAUUACUACAUCUGGCAUGACUGUGCACACACUGAUGGGACAAUCACUCCUCCCAACAACUGGGUGAGUGUUUAUGGGAAUUCCAGUUGGCAAUAUGAUGAGGUGAGAAAGCAAUGUUAUUUUCACCAGUUUGGGAAAGAACAACCAGAUUUAAACUUCCGCAACUCCGCUGUGCUAGAAGAAAUCUAUGAUAUUAUCAAAUUUUGGCUUGGCAAAGGCAUUGAUGGGUUUAGUAUCAACGCUGUUAAAUUUCUUCUUGAAGCAACACACCUGAGAAAUGAACCUCAAGUGAAUAAAUCCCAAAAUCCGGAGAGUAUCUCAGCAUAUUCUGAGCUGUAUCAUGACUACACCACCACCCAAGUCGGCAUGCAUGAUAUCGUCCGCAGUUUCCGGCACACCCUGGAUAAAUUCAGCAUUGAGCCUGGCCGAUACAGGUUUAUGGGAACUGAAGCCAAUAACCAGGAAAACAUCGAAGCAACAAUGAUGUAUUAUGGAACAUCUUUUAUCCAAGAAUCAGAUUUCCCCUUCAACUUCUACCUAAUUAACAUGGAAAACCUCUCAGGAAAUAGUAUUUUUGAAACUGUAUCUUUGUGGAUGAAGAAUAUGCCCAAAGGAAAAUGGCCAAACUGGGCGGUUGGAGACCCUAGCACUGCUCGAAUUACGUCUCGGAUUGGAAAAGAAUACACUAAUGUCAUAAAUAUGCUCCUUUUAACUCUUCCUGGGACACCUACAACUUAUUAUGGUGAAGAAAUAGGAAUGGAAAAUAUUGCAACUGAAAAUGUGAGUGAAGGACUUAUAAAUUCAAAUCCCCUAAGGAAGAAGUCACCCAUGCAGUGGAAUGGCAAUCUUCAUGCCGGCUUCAGUGAGGGUAAUUUAAGCUGGUUACCUGUUAAUCUGGACUACCAAAAUGUAAAUGUCGAAGUUCAAAAGACUCAACCUAACUCAACACUGAAUCUAUAUCGAGAGCUAAAUUUACUUCGCAACAAUGAGCUGCCCAUUCAGAGGGGAUGGAUGUGCUACAUUUGGAAUGACAGCAAUGUUUUUGUGUAUCUGAGGGAAUUAGAUGGAUUAGACACAGUCUUUAUAAUGGUUCUCAAUUUUGGACAGGAAUCAAUCACAGACCUGAAAGCUGUAGUUUCUGAGCUUCCGUCUGAAGCUACCAUAAGGCUAAGCACUAAUUUUAGCAACACUGGUAAAGUUGUAAAUACCAAAACAAUUAAAACUGAAAAGGGGGAAGGAAUUGUCCUUGAGUAUAAAACAAGGAAGACAGUUCAUACUAUGGAAACUUUCCAAGGGAAGUGUUUUGUGGCUGAAAAAGCAUGUUAUUCUAGUGCCUUGAAUAUACUCUACAUGCAUUGCUAAGCGCUAGGGCAUGUAGGAAAUUUUGUUUUAUGCAUUUAAGGCAGGAAAGGUUGAUUUCAGGUAAAUACUGUGAAUAGUUGGCAAUGGCUUUUUAAACUUGCUGGUUUGUGUAUUAAAUGAACAGCAGCCCAUAAACAAACUAAUAUGGCUUAAUUGUCUGGCCUCUUUUAUUGGUGUGUGAGCAAUGGUGGUGAGUGGAGGGCAGAAGGUGCUUAGCUUAAGGGCAACCAACUAACCAACAACCAUGGAGGCUAGAGUUUCCAGAGGGAUUGUGAACAGGCACAAGGAAAGGUAAGGAUCCUCCCCUGUAAAGCCAUCCCUGGGGCUGGUCCAUUCCAGAUAAGUAUUUGUGCAAGGGUAGAACACUAGCCAUAUGCCUAUAGGGCUCCUAGAGGCAUUGUGCCUAAGGUAUAAAGCUCUUAAGAUUUCCUGCUUGAGUGUUGUACCU